AUGGUCUUUACAAAAUUAACUGUAAUCACAUCUAGGAGCCAUAGUCGACGGAAAUGCUGGGUUGUAGCCAACUUUGGCGGAAAAUCCAACUGUUUUUAUGUCACUUACGUGAACAAGCUAACACGUUUUAUUUACUCUCAGGUGCGGGUUACAUCAGUGGUCGAAGUUUUUCCGAUAAAUUUCCUAGCUUCAAGUGAAGAUCCACAGCUUGGAAUCCCGUACAUGUAUAUGCAGUAUUUAAUCAUUAUUUUUGGCCCCUUUACACAGGAAUCGUCCAUACCGGAAAAGGUCACGACUUUUUUGUAUUCGUGAUUCGUUUUUUUUGAAAUUUACCCCCGUCUGAAACCGCGUUUGAUGGGAAGAUUCGGAUUAGUAUCUUUUUCGAGAUAGAAGUAAUUUUUUUACAAACUUCUCGAGAAAUUUGCGGAUUAGUAACUUUUUUACAAACUUUUUCGAGAUAGAACGAAGUAAUGAGUCGUCAGGGAAAUAAGCGUAGGCGCCGUGCUGAGUGGCGUUAAAGAAUUGACGGUGCUCCGUGUUAUGGUCAUUUGAGCGAUUCACAUGUGUAAGCGCUUUGAAAAAAAGAUACCCUGUGCUUUACUAUACAGGUACUCUCCCUACCAAUAUGCGUCCUGAGAAGCUGGAACGCUGGGGAUCGCCUUUUGACUGCUGCCAGGAGCGGUGAACUCAGUCGUGCGAUCGGAUGCGCCGGCAAAAUCCUAGAUGAACGUUUCAUCAUGACUUAAGACUCCUCUCCCAUUGAGUAGCCGCCUUGUAGCAUUCUCAUCAGUUGUCUAGGAUAUCGUAACCAAGAAUAUGCAACUCCUAGCAGUCGUAGCCCAGGACCUCUUCAUAUUCUUUUAUAUAGCACGAAGAUGGCGUAAGCAUACUGAACUAAUUUGCUCUCACUAACUCGUGCAUUUUCUUUUUCAUUUACUUGCAUACUGUGGCACUUACGUAGAUCGUUAUCAUGACGAUGUGAACGCUAUAGCACUCGAGGUGUCGUUAGCCGUUUGGUCAUGUUCCUAUUUCGGGAUUCUCAUGCUUAUGCACCCACAAUAUACUUUUCAUGCCGCGCUACUGUGUAUUCCUCCACGCAAUCUGCCCCCUGAUUGCCAUAACUGAACAUCUCAAACCUGUUUCUCGUGAACUGUUUACCUCAUCAUCGUCAUCAUCAAUUGCAAGCGCUGAUACGUGACCAACUAGUAAGUGAUCAUUGAACGCCAAGCCCAUGGACUAAAAGUCUGCUUUUCUGCGAAACGCAAAGCAGAGGGUGGCGAUACAAAUUCUGCUUGUUAACACAAACACAAAGGUCUCCAAUUUGUAGUUACAAAGAAAUGAUCCCAACAAC